ACGCUUCGUACUUUAUAAUCAUAGCAAAUGAAAGUUAAAUAUUGGCUUCGUUUACUUGAACGUUUACUGCAGACAAAACACCAUAAACAAUUGUUUAUUUCCUUCGAACCUGAUUUCUGUAUACGAUUAGUUCACUGAACUUUUUAAAACUUCAACAGAAAAAUAGGACUAAAAAAUGAGGGUCGAUUUGGACAAUGACAGAUUGGAAAUUGUGGACAAUAGUGAUGCAGAUAACGAUCAAGAAGAACCCAGUGAAAAUCGAGGCCAAUCGCAGCUAACUAAAAGCCUGAUUAUGACCAUAUUUGGAGCUGUAAUUGGUUGUGCGGCUACUAAUGGAUACAACACGGGUGUUAUCAACCCCCCUCAGGUAUCAACAACGGAGCCAAUACAGUUGUGUGUCCAAUGUACUUAGCCGAAAUUGCGCCCAAAUCAAUCAGAGGCGGGGUUGGUGCUUUGUUCCAACUGACUCUCAUUUCAGGCGUUGUAAUUUCAUUCGUUUUCGGUUUCGAUUCUCUGCUUGGCAACGCGAAAUAUUGGCCUUGUUUAUUUUCGGUGCCGUUAGUUUUCGGAGUGAUCCAGUGCUUUGUUUUACCAUUCUGUGUUGAGAGUCCACGAUUUUUACUCACGAACGAAGGACGGUUGUCGUGCGAGUUUGCUUUGAGACAAAUUAGACCGAAUAAUUAUGAUGUUGGAACUGAGGUUGAUGAAAUUAUGGCUGAAAACGAUCAGCAAGGAGAAAUUAAAAGUCCAAAGUGGUCCGAGUUUAUUUUUGACAAGACUCUUUCUAAACCCCUUCUACUUGCAGUUGUGAUCACAGUGUCUCAGCAGUUCUGCGGCAUCAACUCCCUCACAGUCUAUUCCACUCCCCUCUUCGACGCCGCCCUACCACAAAGCAUCACAGCCGAUGAUCCCGAACUGGCCAACUACAUCGUUGUGGGCAGUGGCCUUGUCAGUUUCGCAUUCACAGCUCUCUCCGUCUUCUUAGUCGACAGAAUAGGACGAAAGAGGUCACAUCUGAUAGGGCUCUCAGGAAUGGCAGUUUGCAUGUUUAUCUCCGCUUUUCUCCUCAGUGACCUAGAAAUUGACGACAGCCAAGCAUGUCACGGGAUCAAAAUCAGCGGAUCAUUUGCCAACUACAGUCUAAUUGGGCUUCUUUUGUUGUACAUUGCAUUUUUUGGAAUCGGCCCUGCGGCCGUGCCCUGGCUCAUAACUCCGGAACUGUUUAACGGAAACUCACGUUCUCGAGGAGUGUCUUUAGUGACGACAAUCAAUUGGCUUUGUAACUUCACAGUUGUGUUUGGGUUUCUGCCACUGCAGAACUUGAUCUGUGGGUGGGUGUUUUUGAUCUUCUUCAUACUGACAGUGUGCUGUAUAGUCUUCUUGUACUUCAAACUGCCGGAAGUGAGAGGGGGUGACGCGAUUGCAGUUAUUGCAACUAAUAUUCAACGACUCUGAAAAAUGAACAAAGAGAACUAAUUGAUUGAUUUAUGAACUGAAUUUCAUGCAAACUUAA